GUAGAGUGGGCAGCCGCGGGGGCUACGGGGACCAGUGUUUGAGGGGCGUGAUGGGGGAGGCGGCCGUGGCCGCGGGGCCUUGCCCGCUGCGCGAGGACAGCUUCACACGCUUCUCGUCUCAGAGCAAUGUGUACGGGCUGGCGGGCGGCGCGGACGGGCGCGGGGAGCUGCUGGCCGCCACCCUUAAAGGCAAGGUGCUAGGCUUCCGCUACCAAGACCUCCGACAGAAAAUCCGGCCCGUGGCCAAGGAGCUGCAGUUCAAUUACAUUCCCGUGGACGCAGAGAUUGUCUCCAUCGACACCUUCAACAAGUCACCCCCAAAGCAGGGCCUGGUGGUGGGGAUCACGUUCAUCAAGGAUUCAGGGGACAAGGGCAGCCCCUUCCUUAACAUCUACUGUGACUACGAGCCUGGCUCUGAGUACAACCUGGACUCCAUUGCCCAGAGCUGCCUGAACCUGGAGCUCCAGUUCACUCCUUUCCAACUGUGCCACGCAGAGGUCCAGGUCGGGGAUCAACUGGAGACCGUGUUUCUCCUGAGUGGGAAUGACCCGGCCAUUCAUCUCUACAAGGAGAACGAGGGGUUGCAUCAGUUUGAAGAACAGCCUGUGGAAAACCUCUUCCCAGAGCUCACGAACCUGACCAGUAGUGUCCUCUGGCUUGAUGUGCACAACCUGCCUGGCACGUCCCGGCGACUCUCAGCUCUCGGCUGUCAGAGCGGUUAUGUCCGUGUCGCCCACGUAGACCAGCAGAGUCGAGAGGUUCUGCAGACUUGGACGAUCCUGCAGGACGGCCCCAUCUCCCGAGUGAUCGUGUUCAGCCUCUCGGCCCCCGAGGAGACUGAGGACAGGCCACAGCGGGAGGAGUACAGCGUGCUGGUGGCCAGCAUGUUGGAACCAGCUGUGGUGUAUCGGGACCUGCUGAGCCGGGGCCUCGAGGACCAGCUUCUCCUGCCUGGCAGCGACCAGUUUGACAGUGUCCUCUGUGGCCUGGUCACUGACAUCGAUUUGGAUGGGCGGCCGGAGGUCCUGGUGGCCACCUACGGACAGGAGCUGCUCUGUUACAAGUACUGCAGCCCAGAGCGCGGGCUCCCCGGGGCCCAGCGUGGCUUCCGCUUGCUGUGGCAGCGGAGCUUCUCUAGCCCCCUGCUGGCCAUGGCGCACGUGGACCUGACCGGGGACGGGCUGCGCGAGCUCGCUGUGGUCUCCCUGAAGGGCGUGCACAUCCUGCAGCACAGCCUGAUCCAGGCCUCGGAGCUGGUUCUGACCCGGCUUCGGCACCAAGUGGAGCAGAGGAGACGUCAGCCACAGAGGCUGGGGGACAGGGUGGGUGCCGGGCCUGCUGAGACCCCGGCCUCCUGAGUACCCACCCGCUGCCCACCCCAGGUUCCUUGGGGUGCCCGCCUCCAGCUCUUCAUGGCGGGGGAAGCAUCCUGAAGGAGGCACUGGUCUCCCCAGACACCCCAGGGUGGUGGAGCGGUGGGUCCUGCUGUGGCUCCGCCCCAGCGUGCCCUGUGACCCCCACUCCCCUCUCUGUGCAUCAGUGUCCCCAUUUGAAAAUGGGAUGAUCCCACCCCACCCCGCCUCUGUCCCCUUGAGACUCGGUCACUGGUGAUUAUUUCUGUGUCCAGAGGAACCAAACU